AUGCCAGGCGUUUUUCUAGAGGAUUAUCAGAAGAAUUUCUUGGAUUUGGCCAUCGAGUCUCAUGCGUUGUGUUUCGGUGACUACACUUUGAAGUCGGGUAGGAAGUCGCCAUAUUUUUUUAAUUUGGCUUUAUUUAACACUGGGAAAUUAUUGAGCAAUUUGGCGACCGCUUACGCAAUUGCGAUAAUUCAGUCGGAUUUGAGGUUUGAUGUAAUCUUUGGUCCUGCCUACAAAGGUAUCCCAUUAGCCGCAAUUGUUUGCGCUAAGUUAGCGGAAAUUGGCGGAACCAAGUUUGAACACAUCCAGUACGCAUUUAACCGGAAAGAAGCGAAGGAUCACGGUGAGGGAGGAACUAUUGUUGGCGCAGAUUUAAAGGACCAAAGAGUGCUCAUAAUUGACGAUGUCAUGACCGUCGGUACUGCAAUUAACGAGAGCGUUGAUAUCAUCACCCAUGCUUCAGGCAGAGUUGUCGGUACCAUCAUGGCUUUGGAUAGACAAGAGGUUGUUGAUAAAGAUUGUCAUGACGGUCUCAGUGCAACACAAGCCGUAAGUAAGAGGUAUGGUAUCCCUGUCUUAAGCAUCGUUUCGUUGUCCGAGAUCAUUCUGUACUUAGACGGCAGGAUUUCUCCUGCUGACAAGAGAAGAAUGGAUGAAUAUCGUCAGAAUUAUGGGGCCUGA